UUUACAGCGAGGUGGCACCAGCUUCAAUGGGCAUUAUAUGAACUGAAAAAAGAACGAAUCACUUCCUACAGUGAUUCGUUCACUCUCGUUCACUGAAAAGAGCCGUUUAUUUGAACGAAUCGUUCAGUCACGAGCCAACACUACUUAAAACUGGCAGGAGUGUAGAACAGGCAGCACAGUCACCUUAUGUGACCCACCAGGCGAUGUGUCUCUUGGUGCUGAGCUUGGCGGCUAGCGUUACUCUGCUCUCAGGACAGGAUGUCACGCAGAAACCCGCCGACAUUGUGGGGGCGGUGGGCCACGCUGUCACGAUUGAGUGUACGCACCGCAUACCGGGCUACGAUGUGAUGCUGUGGUACCGGCAGGGCGGCAGGGGCAUGCAGCUCAUCGGGUACAUGUACUACAAAACUGUCACGAUGGAGCCCGGGCAGGAUGACGUCCAGCUGACUGGGAGCGCCGAAUCUGGCGAAACGUGCAAGAUGGUCAUCCCCGCACUGCACUGGAACAGCAGUGCUGUUUAUUACUGUGCAGCUAGAUACCACGGUGGAGUGUCGUCUACUCCGCUCUCAGGACAGAAUGUCAUGCAGAAACCCGCCGACAUUGUGGAGGCGCCGAACCACUCGGUCACGAUUGAGUGUUCACACAACAUAACGCACUACAACCAGAUCCUGUGGUACCAUCAGCGCGAUGCGAGCAUGCAGCUCAUCGGAUACAUGUACUACAAAAACCCCACAAUGGAGCCUGACUGGAACGAUGUGAAGGGAGUGGACGACGGCGACGUGACGCUGAGCUUCACGCACACAUUCGCUAACUGUGACACCAUCCAGUGGUACCAGCGGCGGGUGUCAGGCAGCACCCGGUCCAUGGAACUGGUGGCCCUGGUUAACUACCAGAAAGCUUCGGUGGAGCCGGCCUUUAAGGACUGCGUCCAUGUGAGCGGCGAUGGCAGGGUGGAGGCGCACCUCCGAAUUUUAGCAUACAAGCAACUUUUUAACAGCGGCCAUUUUAUUGCCGCCGCCAGGUCGACAGGUUUCUGUGCUAGCUCGGCAUCUCUGUGCUCGUACGACAGAGCUUUUUUCGGUGCAGGAACCAAGAUCACCGUUUUAGAACCAAACGUGAACAUCGUGCCGCCCAAAGUGACGUUAAUCCGGCCUUCGGCUCACGAGUGCACCAACGAGAAGGACAAAAAGACCAAGAGGAAGACGCUGGUCUGCAUCGUCACCGACUUCUACCCCGACCACGUCGACGUGGUCUGGAUGGUGGACGGGAAGGAGAGGGUCAGCGGCGUGGCUAAAGACCCCGAGGCCCAGCGGCGAGGGGCGAGCUACAGCAUCACCAGCAGGCUCAGGGUCCUGGAGGAGGAAUGGCACAGUAACCUGGAAUUCAAAUGCGUCGUGACGUUUUUCAACGGGAAGAACUACAGCAACUAUACAGAUUUCAUAAACGGAGAAAAGGCUGAAAAAGACAAAGUCCCCCGAGAGAACUUCCUGAGAUUGGCGCAGAGUGCCAGGCUGUCAUACGGCGUCCUUAUCGCCAAGAGCUGCGUCUACGCCGCCUUUGUGGCCUUCCUGCUGUGGCGCCUCAGGAUUGUCGAGCUCAGCCGGGAAAAGGAACAGGACAGGAAGGACAAGAACAAAUCGUACUGAAUUGUCUUUAAUGUUUCUAACCCCAUUUUCCCCUAUGUUUUUCUUUUUUGACUCACUUUGUCCAAUAAAAGUCUAGCAACAACAACAA